AGCGCACCGCCCGGGCCCCCGCGCUCGCUCGCUGCUGCCCGGGGGUCUCUCCCGGGGGCCCCCGCCGCCGCCCCCUCGCACAUGAAGAUGUACGUGCAAAGGGCUCUGGUGCUGCUCUCCCUGCUGAGCUUCGCCACCGUGAGCCUCUCGCUGUCGUCCUGCACCACCUUGGACCUGGACCACAUCAAGAAGAAGAGGGUGGAAGCCAUCCGGGGGCAGAUCCUGAGCAAGCUGCGGCUCCCCAGCCCCCCGGAGACCGUGGGGCCGGCCCACGUACCCUACCAGAUCCUGGCCCUCUAUAACAGCACCCGGGAGCUGCUGGAGGAGAUGGAGGAGGAGAAGGAGGAGAGCUGCUCUCAGGACAACACCGAGUCCGAAUACUAUGCCAAAGAGAUCCAUAAAUUUGACAUGAUCCAGGGUCUCCCCGAGCACAAUGAGCUGGGCAUUUGUCCAAAAGGUGUCACCUCCAAUGUCUUCCGCUUUAAUGUGUCCUCGGCAGAGAAGAACAGCACCAACUUGUUCCGGGCUGAAUUUCGGGUGCUGCGUGUGCCCAACCCAAGCUCCAAACGCAGUGAACAGCGCAUUGAGCUCUUCCAGAUCCUCCGGCCGGAUGAGCACAUAGCCAAGCAGCGCUACCUCAGCGGCAGGAACGUGCAGACGCGGGGCUCCCCGGAGUGGCUGUCCUUCGACGUCACCGAGACCGUUCGCGAGUGGCUCCUGCACAGAGAGACCAACCUUGGCCUGGAAAUUAGCAUACACUGUCCUUGCCAUACUUUUCAGCCCAAUGGAGACAUCUUGGAGAAUUUGCACGAGGUCUUGGAGAUCAAGUUCAAAGGCAUUGACAGUGAGGAUGACUACGGCCGUGGAGACUUGGGGCGCCUGAAGAAGCAGAAAGACUUGCAUAAUCCCCACCUCAUCUUGAUGAUGUUGCCCCCACAUCGGCUGGAGAGCCCAUCAUUGGGAGGCCAGAGAAAGAAACGGGCCCUGGAUACCAACUACUGCUUCCGGAACCUGGAGGAAAACUGCUGCGUGCGUCCUCUCUACAUUGACUUCCGGCAGGACCUUGGCUGGAAAUGGGUCCAUGAGCCCAAGGGCUACUUUGCUAACUUCUGUUCGGGCCCCUGUCCGUACCUCCGCAGUGCAGACACCACCCACAGCACGGUGCUGGGCCUAUACAACACGCUGAACCCUGAGGCAUCCGCUUCACCCUGCUGUGUCCCCCAGGACCUGGAGCCCCUCACUAUCUUGUAUUAUGUCGGAAGGACCCCCAAAGUGGAGCAGCUCUCCAACAUGGUGGUGAAGUCCUGCAAGUGCAGCUGAAAGGCACCCUGG